AUGUCGUCUCAAGAAGCUAUUUUUAACUCUUUUUUAACUAAAGAAACUUUUGAAGGUUUUGAAGAUAAUGAAAGAUAUACUAAAGAAUGGUUACCAAAAGUUGAAAAAUAUAGACAAGCAUUAGCAGAUUCUAUUCCAGAUUCAUGUAAAGCUCCAUUACCUAAACCGAUUGAUGAAUUAAUUAAUGAACAAUUUAAUGCUAUGGAUUAUAUGUAUUCUGCUAAAUUAUUAACUGAUGAUGAAUUUAAAAUUACAGAUACUCCAGCAUAUAAAUUAGUUGAACAAAUGUCCAAGGGUGAAUUAACAGCAGUUGAAGUUUAUAGAGCAUUUGCUCAUAGAGCUAUCAUUGCUCAUCAAUUUACAAAUUGUGCUAUGGAAUUUUUCUUUCAUGAAGGUUUACAACAAGCUGAAGAAAGAGAUGCUUAUUUUAGAGAAACUGGUAAAAUUGUUGGUCCGUUACAUGGUUUACCAUUUUCAUUAAAAGAACAUAUGGAUUAUAAAGGUAAAAUUACUCAUGCUGGUUAUGUUUCAAUGAUUGAUAAUAUUCCAGAAGAACAUGGUGUUACAGUUGAUAUUUUACAAAAAUUAGGUGCUGUUUAUUAUGUUAGAACUAAUGAACCACAAACUUUAAUGCAUUUAGAUUCAAAUAAUAAUUAUACUGGAUUAACUAAAUGUCCUUUCAAUUUAUUAUUAUCUGCUGGUGGUUCAUCAUCUGGUGAAGGUGCAAUUUCUGCAUUUGGUGGUGCUGCAUUAGGUAUUGGUUCUGAUAUUGGUGGAUCAAUUAGAUCUCCAGCUGCUUUUUCAGGUACUUUAGGUUUAAGAACUUCAACUAGAAGAGUUUCUGAUAUAGGCUCAGUUUCUGCAUUUGGUGGAUUUGAAACUGUUCCUUGUGUUAUGGGUCCAUUUGCAAGAUGUGUUGAAGAUAUUGAUUAUUGGAUGAAAUCUUAUUUAAAUGAAGGUAAACCAUGGGAAAGAGAUGGUUGGGUUUUACCAAUGCCAUGGAGACAAGUUGCAAAACCAGCCCCAAAAGAUUUGACAAUUGCAGUUACUCGUGAUGAUGGAUUAGUUAGAGUUUCACCACCAAUUAGAAGAGCAAUAAAUGAAGUUGUUGAAAAAUUAAAAGCUGCAGGUGUUAAAAUUGUUGAAUUUCAACCACCAAAUACUAAAUUAGCUUAUGAAACUCUUAAUAAAGCUUAUAAUUGUGAUGGUAAUUUAAUAUCAAAAGAAUUUUUAUCAGCUUCUGGUGAACCAUUAGUUAAAUUAACUAAAUGGAAUUUAAAUUUUGGUGAUGGUGCUAAACAAUAUACAAUUGGUGAAAAUAGACAAUUGAAUAUUAUUAGAGAUAAAUUAAGAACUGAAUAUACUAGAUAUUUAGUUGAUAACAAGAUUGAUUUUAUUUUAUCACCAACUUAUAAUAAUGUUGCUCCUCAUUCUGAAGAAAUUUAUAAUUGGUCAUAUACUGGAUUAUAUAAUAUUUUGGAUUUCCCAACUUUAGUUUUCCAAUCUGGUGUUUUCCAAGAUCCAAAUGUAGAUAGAUGGACUGAAGAAGAUUUGAAAUAUGAAUAUAGAUCAGAUUUAGAAAAAUUAGAAAAUGAAAAUUAUAAACCUGAUGAAUUUAUUGGUGCUCCUGUUGGUUUACAAUUAACUGGUAGAAGAUAUUUUGAUGAAGAGAUUGUUGCUGCUGGUAAAACUAUUGUUGAUGAUAUUUUAAAAGUUGAUUUAUUUAAACAUUAA